AUGAAGUUCAAUAAACUGGUUACGUCCUCCAGAAGGAAAAACAGGAAGAGGCAUUUCAGCGCACCUUCCCACAUUCGAAGAGUUCUUAUGUCCUCACCUCUGUCGAAGGAACUUAGACAGAAGUUCAAUGUGAAGUCAAUGCCCAUCCGUAAAGACGACGAAGUACAGGUUGUACGUGGUCACUAUAAAGGACAACAAGUUGGCAAAGUAGUGCAGGUGUACAGAAAGAAGUUUGUUGUAUACAUUGAGAGGAUUCAGAGAGAAAAAGCCAAUGGAGCCAGUGUAUAUGUCGGCAUUCACCCUUCAAAGUGUGUUAUCGUUAAACUGAAAAUGAACAAAGAUCGUAAGUCCAUCUUAGACCGUAGAGCGAAGGGCAGAUUGGCGGCACUUGGCAAAGACAAGGGCAAAUACACUGAGGAGACUGCAACAGCAGUUGAGACCUCGUAA